UCUGUUGUAAUAUUUUUAAUAUUAUUUACUAUUUCUUUAUACAUAACAUUUUAUAGUAAAAUAUUUCCUGCAACACCACCAAGUAUUAAAUUACAUGAAAUACCACAUGUUAAAUUACUUGAAACACCACCAAAUAUUACAUUACCUGAAACACCACCAAAUAUUACAUUACUUGAAACACCACCAAAUAUUACAUUACCUGAAAAACCAUAUAUUAAAUUACCUAAAAUUUCAAAAGAAAUUAACAAUAUUUCAAUUGUAUAUCUUGAUAGUCGAUUAGAUUUAACAUCAAAUACAGCAAUAUGUCAAAAAAAUGAUUAUUUAAUUAUUUAUAUUUUAUCGACAGUAACUAAUGUUCAACGACGAGAUGUUAUACGUUCAACAUGGGCAUCAAAACAGAAUGGUGUCUGUUUUGUAUUUAUUCUUGGACAAAUUCCAGGUGUAAUAAAUAAUGCUGGUGAAAUUAAUUUGCAAGUUAACAAUGAAAAAAAUAAAUAUCAAGAUAUUAUUCAAAUAGAUCAUAUUGAAAGUUAUUCACAUGUUGUUUAUAAAGAAAUGGCUGCUUUACAAUGGUCAUAUUAUUUUUAUCAUGAUAUUCCAUAUUUAUUUAAAACAGAUGAUGAUUUAAUUGUUGAUACAAUUUUAAUAUCAUCUAUUGUUAAAUUACUUUUAACAAAUACUUCAAAUGAUAAUUCUUUUAUUACAAAACAUCGUCCAACACUUCUAUCAAAUAUAAUAUUAUCUGAUCGAAUAAGAUUUUUUCGUGGUGGUUGGGCUAUGGAUUAUCAACCAACAUUACGUGGUGGUGGAAAAUUUGGUGUUAGUGAAAAAGUUUGGCCACAUCCUGUACUUCCAGCAUAUUGUUCUGGUUUUGGUUGGUUUAUGUCAAAAUAUAUUCGUGAUCAACUUGUAAAUGUAUCAUAUACAUAUCCAUUACAUAAAACAGCUUGGAUAGGUGAUGUAUUUAUAUCAGGAUUUUUAGCUAAAGAAGCAAAUGUAAAAUGUACAGGUAUUGCAAUUGAUUUUGAUCAAACACCAUCAGCUAAUUGUUCAUGUUUAAUGGUUAAUAAUCCAAUGUUAACUGUAUGUUCAUCAUCAUUUCAUCUUGGUGGUGGUGGUACAGAAAUGGAAAGAUAUAUGGAAUAUAGAAAAGCUUGGAAUGUUAUUCAAUUACGACAUAAUUUUACUCAUAAGAAAAUUGAUGUUUGUUAA